UAAUAUCAAUGGAAAAAAAAUCUUGAAAUUGAUAUUUUCCAGGAGUACAAUGUAGAAGAACUUAAGGCUUUCAGUUAUCUUAAUGAUAGAGUACAUGAAUGUUUAAACUUAAAAUAACUGUGAAAGAAAUAGACAAUUUUAUCGAUUUUACAAUGUUGAUAGAUCAACAAACAUAGUCGGAAAAAGACAAAAUGGCUACAGAUCGACAAAGUGAUACAGAUAUUCUUUCGGAUGAAAUAUUUGACGUAUUAUGUUCAAUGUGUAGAAAUGAAGGCAGGAACACUGAAGGUGAUAAAUACUGUUUAGAUUGUCACGAUUAUUUCUGUGUUAGUUGUGUCAAAGUUCACAGUAAAGUGCCUUUAUGUGCUGGUCACAAGGUAUUGGAUACAUCUCAAGUUAAAUCAGGAACCGGCAACGCUUUGCCAAGGGCACCAGCAGAGAGAUGUGACAGACACAGUCAUAAACACAUUGAUAUGUACUGUCAGAACCAUGAUAGUAUUGGCUGUUCUACAUGUAUGGCAGUUGAUCACAGAUUAUGUAAGGACACAUUCUACAUACCAGAAUUUAUUCAAAACAAUACUUACCAAGUUGAAUCGAGAGACAUUCAAACAAAACUUAAGGAAAUAGCCAAGACCCUUAAAAAACAAGCAGAUAAAUUUAAACAGGAUAAACAAAGGCUGUUAAGGAGGAAAGCAGAAUUACUGGCUGACAUCAGAAAAUUCCGUCAAGAAAUCAAUGACCAUCUUGACAAGCUGGAGAAAAGUUCUAUUGAUGAGAUAGAAAGUAAAGUCAAAUGUCUUGAAGACAAAAUCGAAGACAGUUUAAAACAGCUACAAGCAAAUAAGUCCAGGAUUAGAUCAGCUAAUGAUAAAUUAGCAUCUACAAACACAAAUCAUUCUGAAGUGUUUGUUUAUGUGAAGAUGGGAGAAGAUGCUGCAAAUGUUGCCACCAAUUAUAUGGAGCAUGCCAAAAUAAAAAGUACAGUAGAAGACAUAGAGUUUCAACUUGACAGAACAAUUCUUACACAGUUAGAACAAAAGAAGACCAUAGGCACAAUAUCAGAGAAACCUACAAAGACUGCUGACAAUUUAUUUCAGAUUAAAGGAAAUCAAUCAUAUAAUGUAAAAGUUAAGUCUGAUAAAGACAGUUGUAAUAUCAGGAGUGCCUGCUGUAUGGAAGAUGGUACAAUAAUUCUAGCUGAUGACAACAAGAAACUUAAACGGUUAGACAGUUACAACUAUACUGUCACAGACUACUGUGAUCUACCUGGAUAUCCACAUCAAGUGCGUAUGAUCAAUAACACACAAGUAGCAUUAACUAUUCCAUUAAAACAGGAAGUUCAUUUCAUUUCUCUAGAAAAAAAUAUGAAAACAACAAACAAAAUUAACACUGAUUUUCAAUGUCUCGGUCUUGCAUAUGCAAACAAUAAUUUAUAUAUUUCAGAUGAAACAUCAGUAUAUAUGUAUACAUUGUCAGGUGGGAAACUAAAUCAAUUCAGUAAGGAUCAAUCAGGACAUAAGCUGUUCUCUUCUAUAUUCAGUAUAGCUGUCAGUAAGGAUGCUACAAGGAUUUAUGUUGCUGACUACAAUAAUGGACUGAUAGUACUGGACAACAAUGGUCAGGUUAUAACAUUAUUUAAUGAUAAACAAUUAAAGAAACCUAACUGUUGUUAUCUCACUGAAGCAGGCAGUGUGCUGGUAUCUGGAGUUGCCUCUAAUAAUGUUUUACAGUUUACGCGUGAUGGUGAACUGACAGGAGAAGUUAUAAAAGUUGAUAGUUUAAAAGAGGAAAUUAGAUCAGUAAGUUGUAAUCAAAAAUGA